AUGAUUCUCGCGUUUAAGUGUUGGCAUCACAUGGUCUCGACCAAAAUCUUUGUCACGUUAAUUCAGCAGGGUGUCACGGGACAUGGGAUUGUCGUAGUCGAGUCCCUCAAUUGUCAUUUUAUGCUGAAUUACACAAUCCACUUGCUUGAUAGUAAGAGGAGACUCUUCACCGUGGGUCUCAACGUAUGUAUCAUUGAACAGCUAAUUGUCUUUUUCAGAGCCUUGGCAUAUGGUCGCAAACACAAGAUGUUAAACACGAAAUAA